UUACCAUCCUCCCUCCCUCCAGACUUUAAUGACAGUCACCGGGGCGAUAUAAUAUUCACUUGGAACCUAAACGUACGACGUGACCCGACUUCCCUCAUAGUUCACCUAUUUCGAUCGACCUCGUAGAAUCUCUCCUGACAGAAAUCAACAACCAAGAUCAAAAUGGGGGGUCAACUAUCCAAGAUGAUGGGCAAGAUCUUCGGAUCUAAGGAAAUGCGAUUGUUGAUGUUGGGUCUCGACGCUGCCGGCAAGACCACGAUUCUGUACAAGCUCAAACUCGGUCAGGACGUCACUACCAUUCCUACAGUCGGCUUCAACGUCGAGACGGUCACAUACAAGAAUGUCAAGUUCAACGUCUGGGAUGUUGGUGGUCAAGACAAGAUCCGACCUCUAUGGAGACAUUAUUUUAGCGGAACCCAAGGUCUAAUCUUCGUUGUCGACUCCUCCGACCGCGCACGAAUGGCCGAGGCCAAACAAGAACUGCACCGUAUUAUCAACGACAGGGAGAUGAAGGACAGCUUGCUACUGGUAUUCGCGAACAAGCAAGAUAUUAAGGAUGCUAUGAGUCCCCAAGAAGUAACGGAUGCUCUACAACUCCCGUCUUUGAAGGACAAGAUCUGGAACGUGGCGCCCAGUUGUGCCAUGUCGGGAGAGGGUCUGCUCGAGGGUCUGGCAUGGCUAUCGAACAAUGUCAAGGUUCCCCCUACACCGCCCAAGAAGUAGGGCUUCUUAAUUCUCUGUUGUUCCCUUGAUACCCUUGUUGUUUGAUUUAGAAUAACCGCGUCGCAAAGAGCCAGUGGGGCGCGGGCGUGGACAUUGAUGGAUCGAGCCGCAAUCGUCUGUCGAGUCGCAUAGUCCGUAUGGCUCUAAUAAUACGAAGAAUUUUGGUUCGGAUAUGAAAUCCUUUCGGCACGAUACGAUAAAGUGAAGGGUCUUCUGCGUCA